AUGAAUUCUUCGACAAUGUCAUCUUAUCCUGACAUAUCAGGAAUCUAUACCGUAUACGGCGGAAGAUAUUUACUAGAAAACGAGACAUUGACGCUUAACGUAUAUGAUUCUGGGUCACAUAAUGUUUACAUUGACAUCGGAUGUUUUAAUGGUGAAACGAUUGAACAUUUUAUUCAUUUUACUCGAAAUAGUAUUUUAUAUGACAUAGUUACAUUCGAACCUGAUCCGAUAAAUUAUCGUUUAUGUAAAGAGAAAUUAUCACAGAAGAAGUAUCGAGAUUAUAAUAUAUUUAUUAUUCCAAAAGUCGCAUGGAUAUACAAUGGCAAAGUUCCAUAUCGAGUUGGUCAAGGACAAAAAAGUGGCAUCUUUGAAAAGAAAUCCAAGAAGAAAUCAAAUGUAAAUAAUAUAAUGGAAUUAGAUGCCAUUGACUUUUCUGCUUGGCUUUCGAAAUUCAUUCAAUAUAAGGAUACAAAGGUGCAUAUCAAACUGAGUAUGCCAGGUUACGAGUCUCGGAUUCUUCAGAAACUGGUUGUGGAUGAGACCCUAGCAAUCGCACAUCAAUGGGAUGUCGAAUGGGCAUACAGAAGUGAUCCUCAUUUAUUUGUGCCGCGUAUUUAUCUUCAGUUAAUGUUCGACUCGUUUGGAUUCACCUGUACAAGUUUUACAUUGCUUGACGAUGUACGACAUGCAUUUAAUGCCAAACUUCCAUAUGAAAAUGUCACGAAAUAUUUCAAUUUAAAAGUUUUACCCGACUCCGAUACAUACACUCAUUAUGUUCAACGGCCUUCGGUUACUGAAUCACCACGUUUGUGGACAACUCGAGUGAAUUCGAAGAAACAUUGA